GAUGGAGUGAGGCGGCGAACCGAUGCUCACCGGACAGAUGGGUGUGAUCGCGGCCCAGCCUUACCGGGAGGCCGUCCUUUGGGUCGGGCUCCCCGGGAGAUGAGCCCGGCAAUUCCCUUGCCGGCUCUUCCAACGUUAACCAGUCCCGGUGACUGCGCUCUCCUUGUCGCUCGUCUCCCGCGGCCUGUCCCCUGGUGCUUGGCGCUGCCGCUAAAGCACAAUGAACCUGGUUGGUAUUGUACGUGAUCACUGGUAUAAUAUCCUCGUCCCUCUGGGUUUUGUAUUGGGAUGUUAUUUUGACAGAAGGAAUGAUGAAAGGCUUACGGCAUUCAGAAACAAAAGCUUACUGUAUCGACGGGAACUGAAACCAGGUGAAGAAGUGACCUGGAAGUGAGAAUCAAUGUUUUGCUGAGAAAAUGAACAUUAAAAUUGUCACUGCAGAAGUUUAGUCUUGUUCAAUUUUCAAUUAAGAAUUCAAUUAAAGUGUAUUUAAAAGUG